AUGUCCAACAAGUUACCAGCUGCGUCGCUGAGUCAAACCUCUUCUCCCAGAAUUUCUACUCUAGGUCCAGGCGCCAGUAGCUGUGGCGUAGAGAAUAGUGAUACCACUGUCUCCCGCAAAGCCUGGAACGACGAGGAAUUUUUUGCGAAGGUCGCGCACUUUCGCGAAGAAGCAUUGGAAAUCCACUUGAAUAAAUUUCGGGUUUGGAAGACCAUCAGCCGCAACUAUCUCCCGCUUUUCCGGCAGGACGUGCACGUAUGGUACGGUGACGCGCCAUACUACGUCCGCAUCGUCGACGUCCCUGGUGCACUCUCCGGAGACAUACUCCGUUACAAGGCUGAUCUGCCGCGGUACGACUGCCAUCUCGAGGUCGUCGGCGACACCGUUCGAGAGAUCGAUUUCAAGCCGUAUCCUCCAGAGGAGCUUGAGGAGGAAGGGAAUCCGAAUGUUCUUGAGGACGACGCGAAGGAGCUCUUCGCGACCCUCCCGCUUGUCACCUUUGACGAGGACAAGCAUUUCACUAAGCCGGCGAGGACGCGGCGCGAGAUCGAGGUUCUACAAAUGUGCAAGGGUUUGCCGCAAUUUGUACAGCUUCUGGGACGGCUCGAAGACGAUCAGCUCGUAUUUCCCAAAUAUCCACAUGACCUCCUGCUCGCUGCGAUGAGCCAUAAAUCUAUCGACGCGAUACGCAAGUGGAUGCUCGACAUCAUCGAUGGUAUCGCAUUUCUUCACGCGAGGGGCGUGACAUAUCGCGACUUCGUGCCGCGUAACUUCCUGUACGGAGCUCCCGUCGUCAUCUGCGACCUGGAGUGCCAGCUCGCAUCCCGUAUAUGCAAGGCGCCAGAGGUGUUGGCCUGGGACGAUCCUCCGGAUACCGUGUUCGCUCCCGCGAGUGACACAUAUGGGUUAGGCAUUCUCCUCCAACUGUUGUGCUACGCGAAUAAUCCUCGAAGCCCGUAUGUCCAUUGGCCUGUGCUACCGCCUUUUGACAAGAUCUAUGAGGCUUGCACGCAGACGAGGCCUGAGGACCGGCCUUCGUUGGUGCAGCUUAAGGCUUGGUUGCAGGAGCUUUAG